AUGUCUACUUCAAAUGUAUCGAUGGCAUACAGAGUAUUCGAGAAGAUACCGUUAGUGAAUAAAGGGUUUUACAGAACCAUAACUAACAGAUCUCAACUUACUUCCGAUUUUCUAAUCAAGAAACAAGGUACAGGAGCUGGUCCAUUUAUUGACUUACCAGAAUUUAGAAAAUUAAAUGAUUCACUAUUAAUCAAACUCCCUGCGUUCAGCUCAUUAUAUGGGAAUAUUGAUAAAAUCAGUAUUAUGAAUACACAUAUGGAUAGUAAUUUGAACAAUAUUAUGAAUAGAGAACAUUGUGAAAAACUGUCAAUGGAAAAAUUAACUACUAAUGAAAUGCCAGUUAAUCUAAUAAUGAGUGCUCCUGUACCUUCUUCUAAUAUACCAAUUCUAAAUUUUAAUGAUUAUAAGAAAGGUAUAAUAAUCCCGGAUAUAGACAAUAAUUUAUUAUGCUUUGCUGGUGAUUUAAGCAUCAAUAAAAAGACAAAUGAGAUGACCGGAUUUGGGAUUCUUGCUUUGAAUGGCUAUGGUCCAAUUGAAAAACUUACUUUGGAUGAAAAAGAGUCUUUACAGGUUUUAUUAGGAACUGUAGUUGCAUAUGAGUCUGGUAUUACAAUUGGCAGUGUAAUUAUACCAUCGGAUUCUCAAUUUCAAGUCAAAAUUAAAAGGAAGUUUAAUACCUUUUUGAAAUCCAUUAAAUUGGAUUGGAUACUUGAUAAUAAGCUAUUUUUCAGAAAUGAGAAGUCUUUAAUCAAAAUGCAAGGCCCAGGAACAGUGUACUUACAAGGAAGAUACUCAAAUUAA